CGACAUGAUUGGCGGACAGGUAUUACCAGGCUUAAAGGGCUUCAUGCUCGCGUGGCCCAGAUCCGGCGGACGGCGAGCGCGACCAUGGAACAAUGACUAGGUCAAAGCCCGUAGUCAGGAACAAAUAGUGAAGAAUUUCCCGGGCCCCGUGGACCCAUUGCCUCGUCCCCUCACCUUCCGUUCAUUCUGCGGUUGCAAUGGCUCCACCAAAGAAGGAGACGUCUCUCCAGCUAUGCCAACGAAUCACUACUCAAGGCAACACCAUCUCCAUUCGUAUGCUAGAGUACCUCGGUACAUCAAAGAACGCCAUUCCGGGAUUCGAAGCUCUCGCCACCGAGUUCAUUGAGCUUUGCCGAACGCUAUGGUCUAUUGAGGCCGGGCUCAUAGAAUCUGCCAAAACUCCUCGCCAUGCUAUUCCUUCCGAGGUUACGCAGGAUCUUGACAGGCGAUUCCGCCAAGUCAGCGAUGAGUUCUCAGUCCUGCAACAGAUGGUCAACAAGUUUGUUGACAACGACUCUGGAAAAGGUGGAGGGUUCGGACGACGAUUCCGCAUGAUGUUUGCAGAUACCGAUGUCGAUAAGAUGCGCGUAACUCUGUCAAGAAGCCGAGAUUCGCUGAAAGUCAGCUCAGCCAUGUUUCGCUGGACGAUCGGCGACAACCACACAGAUCCCACAAUGGGUAUUGGCUAUGCUGGUCUGAUUGCUGCUCUCGAGAGUAUCAAUCCCAGCAAGAUGCGUUCUCUGCCACCAAUCGGUCCCCCGCCAGAAUCUCGUCUUCCCAAUCUCCCGUCAAAAGACCACUCGCCCCAUUCUGAUACGCUAUCGCCCCCAAGCCGUCUAGCCGACAGACCAUCAUUGAAUGAUAUGCGCCCCACACCGCCGCACUCCCACGUCUUCACUCCGGAGGCUCGACAGUAUUCUAGCGACAAGUCGCUGCGCAAUGAUGACGAUAUGGGUCUCUCGGCAGGAAUCGUGGACUUGCACAAGAAUUGGAGGGCACCAAGCGUCCGCUCAACCGGCUCUGUCAGGGACACAAUGUACACCAGCAAUACAAACCCCAGUGGUCGAUACCACUCGGAACCGGUCUAUGAAGACCUAUCGUCCGAAGAUUCACAUCGAUCAAGGAUGAUGAUGGAAGAGAAGUUGGCCGAACUUAGCGUUCACGAGCGCUACAUGAACGAGAGUAUGCACUCAUCCACCAAGUACGACCCUUCGAGGCUUGAUUCUCCAAUGACCUCAUCGUGGGCGCCGCGACACCACACUGGUUCCAAAGCCGCCGGUGGGAAAUCUGCCAUCGUCAAUGCCGUGGAACAGAGAAAGCAUCGAUUCCUUGAGCAACUGCUGGAUGGUGGUGCAAGGGCCGAGCCUCAGGUUGAGGCUGGUAUGCUUCGAACGGCGGCCCAAAACCGUGACAUUGAGAGCUUAGCCCUCCUUCUUCAAUACGGGAUGGAUGCCAACGGAUUCGAUAGGGAAGGAGUUACACCACUCUUUGCUGCCACGCAAGCUUCUUGUUUCGAGAGUGCGAAGAUGCUUCUAAAACACAACGCCGAUGUCAAUCUCUCUGCUGGACCCAACUCCGAAUCUCCUCUGUCUCUGGCUGCGAGUGAGAAUCAGAUCGAUUUUGUUCAACUAUACCUGAGCAGUGGUGGCAAUGUCAAUACCAUCAUGGACAACGGGUCCACAGCACUUGUUCAGGCCAUGAACAAGAUUGUCUCACCUAAGCUGGUUGAGCUCUUACUCACAUCAGGUGGCGACGCUGAUGCGAAGACUGGCGAGGGAACAACAGCUAUGUUCCAGGCCAUUCAAGCGAACCGUGUCGAUCUUAUGACUGUUCUGCUCGACCAUGGUGCUAAUCCCAACCUGCCUGGCCCUAAGCACCCGCUGUGGCCCUCGACUUAUAAGCCGAAGUGCUUAGCUCUCCUCCUUGCCCGCGGCGCUGACCACAAGAAAACCCCUGGCGUUAUGGAAUUGGCGUCGAGUUUAAAGAAGCUUGAAUCGAUCAAGAUACUUAUCGAGGCUGGAGUAUCACCCAACCUAAGGAAGGACGGAGUUUACACUCCACUCUGCUCAGCCAUUCGUGAUGACAGUCGUGAGAUUGUUACCUACUUGCUGGAAAACGGUGCUGAUCCCAACUUCAAUGCUUCAGAGUACCCUGCAUUCAAAUGCAUUACACACAAACGCAUCCACUUCCUACCUGAGCUUGUCGCAGCUGGAGUCGAUCUCAACUCACCGAAGGGCAUUAUGGAGACAGCUGUUCAGUUCAACGACAAGGAUGCUAUGGUGUUCCUGUUCGAACACAAUGUCAACCCCAACGACCGCACACCCGAGGGCAACACCGCUCUCACUACUGCAAUCCGGGAAGGCCGUGGCGACCUUGUGGAUUUACUUCUCACUAAUGGUGCAGAUCCAGCAAUUCGUGGCCAGGACUGGCCUCUUUGCAUGGCCGUCAAACAGCCCGCCAUUUUGAAAAGGCUCCUUGCCGCUACGCCAAACCCCCGUGCUUUCCGUGGAGUGAUCGAGAUGGCUGUCGUUGCCAACCAGCUGGAGUCCAUCAAGCUUCUCCUUGCAGCUGGUGUUAGCGUCGAAGACAAGAACUGUGGCGUCUUCUCGCCACUAACCACAGCUAUUCGGGAAGAUCGCAAGGACAUUGUCCGCUACUUGCUCGAUGUCGCGAACGCUGACAUCAACGCUCCUGGCGAGCAUCUCCCCCUCGUCAAAGCCCUGCGCAGAUACCAUGGCGACGCGGAGAUUCUUACCAUGCUGCUCUCCCGUGGCGCGGAUAUCAACAAGAUGCACCGCGGUUGGAACGGCGUCCUUCAAGCCUUCGAGAACGGCGAUGCGGAGAUUCUCAAGAUGAUGAUUGACAUGGGUGGCUCGGUUGAUCUGCAAGCCAUUGACGAGAGUGGCAAGCCGGUCAUUGACAUUGUCACAGAGCGAGGGUGGGAAGAAGGUCUUGCGCUGCUGUUCCCUAAUGCUGUGCCGGCAGCAAAGGUUAGGCAAGAGAAUCAUCGCAGGAGCUUCUCAAUUUCGGACUGGAAGUGGAUGAGUGCGUCGUUGGAGCGUGGGGAGCGAUACAGCUCAGGCGAUGACACGCGGACCGUAUCGAGCGGUUGUAUUCCCGGCUCAUGAAGUGGCGCGCAGCGGUGUGAUGUUGUAAUAUGUAUAGACAUGAUACGAGAGGCGUUUUAGGCAUACCACUGGUCUUUUUAGGGUUUCCUUGGUUACUAUCUCCCAGACGGAGGCCCUUUUCAGCGACAAUUCCCCUUUCUCAUAGUGAGGCUACCUCCAAAGAUACAUCUUAUUAUAAUGUCAUUUCUCAGACAGGGCAGUGCUGAUUGAAUCUCGUUCGACUUUGCGCGUUGGUUCGCGCUCGACAUGACAAUGAGAGAAGACAUUGGGCUAUAGUUGUGUAAUGCAGACGUUUUCGUGAUAAUGCAGUGGUCUUCGUAAACUUUGAGCUUGGGUAUCUCAUAAGUGUGAAGACCAAAGUCU